GGCAGUACACCAUGUUGGAGCCAAAAUGAUUGAAGCUGUCACACAUUCUGUCCUCGGUCGAAGCCUCGAGGUACCACUUUCACUUUAGUUAUCAGGUAAUAAUGUCGAGGUUCAUUGCAUGUGAGGUGAGUACAUCCAAAAAGAGCCUUCAUAAAGUUUCAUACCAUCUCUGUGAUCAGAUCACGGGCAAACCUCAAAUUAACCACGCCUAUUUUGAUCCAGCCUCUCUUCUCAUUCUCCGAAUAGCAAAAUCCCACUACUCUCUGUUCCUCACUCGCUCACUUUCUCCCUCUUUCCAAAUUUCACCAUGUAUAACCUCAGCAGCAGGACAGCCCUUUCGCUCGCUCUCGUACUCAUUUUCUCCCUCGCCUUUGUGCUUCACCUUUUUCCUCCCCAUCACACCAGCCACCCCAAAACACACCUCCAUUUCCAAAAGCACCUGCAAGUCGCCCAAACCACAUGCCGAGGAACACUCUACCCACGACUCUGCGUUUCAACCCUUGCUUCCUUUCCCGAUCUUGCCUCCAAAUCUGUCCCCCAAAUCAUUUCCUCUGUCAUCAAUCACGCGGUGUCCGAGGUGAAAUCCUCCUCCCACGACUGCAGUGGCCUCCGAAACAACCUCAGGAAUCUCGAGCCGCUCGAACAGAGAGCCCUCGACGAUUGUCUCCAGCUGUUUGAUGACACUGUCUACGAGCUCGGCACCACUACGGCUGAUCUCUCCAACGCCAAAAUAGGCUUCAAGCGUUACCGUGACUUGCAGACACUGCUAAGCGGGGCAAUGACUAACCUGUACACGUGUCUUGAUGGAUUUGCUCAUAGCCGGGGGAAUGUCAGAGACAGGAUCCAGGACAGGUUAUUCGAGACCAGGCGUCAUGUUAGCAAUUCAUUGGCCAUGCUCAAGAAAGUGCCCGGACUGAAGAAAGCUUCCGAGACCGAGAUCUUCCCGGGGUAUGGAAACGUGAAAAAUGGGUUCCCUUCGUGGUUGUCUUCUAGAGAACGAAAGCUCCUGGAGGCAAAUGUGAAUGAGACGAGGUUCGAUCUUGUGGUGGCGAGAGAUGGCACGGGCAAUUUCACCACUAUUGGGGAGGCUGUGAAUGCAGCUCCGAACUCCAGCAUGACCAGGAUUGUGAUACACAUAAAAGCCGGGGCGUACUUUGAGAAUGUGGAGGUGAUCAGGAAAAAGACCAAUUUAAUGUUCGUCGGGGAUGGAAUUGGGAAGACGGUUGUGAAAGCCAGUAGGAAUGUCUUAGACGGAUGGACAACUUUUCAGUCGGCCACCGUAGCUGUGGCUGGAACGGGAUUCAUAGCGAAGGAUGUAACGUUCGAGAACUCAGCGGGAGCGAGCAAGCACCAAGCCGUGGCCCUGAGAAACAGCGCAGACCUAUCCGCAUUCUACAAAUGCAGCUUUAUCGGAUAUCAAGACACCCUCUACGUCCAUUCCCUCAGACAGUUCUAUCGAGACUGCGACGUCUACGGUACCGUCGACUUCAUCUUCGGCAACGCCGCCGCUUUGUUCCAGAACUGCAACUUGUACGCACGCAGGCCUCUCCUCAACCAGAAGAACAUGUUCACCGCUCAGGGCAGAGACGACCCUAACCAGAGCACCGGCAUCUCCAUCCUCAACUGCAAGGUCGCCGCCGCCGAGGAUUUGAUCCCCGUCAAGUCCUCGUUCAAGACCUACUUGGGACGCCCCUGGAAGCCCUAUUCCAGGACGGUUUAUCUGAAAUCUUACAUAGAGGAUCUGAUUCAGCCCGCCGGGUGGUUGGAAUGGAACGGGACCCUGGGUCUGGACACGCUGUACUAUAGGGAGUUCAUGAACAGGGGUCCUGGCUCUGAUACGCGGGCCAGAGUCGGAUGGUCCGGUUUUAGGGUCAUCAACUCCUCCGCCGAGGCUUCUCAGUUCACGGCCGCCCGGUUUAUUCAGGGAAAUGACUGGUUGAAUUCCACCGCCAUUCCCUUUUACCUUGACCUCAGCUGAACUUUCUUCUUCGUUGUCAAUUGAGUGUCUCCUAUUCUCCAGCUCCGAGUACAAAUUCUUUAACCGCAAAACUAACGCAGUCCGAUCGGUUUCGGUUGGAAUUGAUAGUCCAAGACAUUAAAUUAGUUGUAUUUUAAGUGCUUAUGGAUGGAUCCUAGGCCCAAUUGGUUACAGGCCCAAACUUGUUAUCCAA